CGCGCAGUUUUUGCGACUAAGGCACCGUCUUGCAAGCGCUACCUCUCCAUUUCACUCUACGCACACGCGCGCAGCAGACCGCCGCGACGCGAUCCACUCCUAGCGAGUGCAACCCCAGCUACAGCAGCUCCACUCGACGCCACCGCAGCGACGCAGCCAUGGGCCUCCUCACGCCCGCGGAAGGCAUCAACUACAACUUUAUACUAGGUAUGUACUCCUUUUUCCUGGCGCUCGGCGCGUUGUUCGCCGGACUGGAAUUUGUGAUGGGCGUGGACGCCGUCAAGGGCUUUUAUUUAGUGUUCGCGCCCUUCGUCCCAGCGUUCAUGUGGUGCACCGUCGUGCGGUCGGCGUGGCUGUCGGCGAAGGCGAAGAAGGAUUGAUGCGUACCGCUGGCGACGACUUACCGCCACGCGAGGCGCGAUGCGGCGGGCGGCGCUCGGCUUGCGCGGGCGGCGCGGCGCCAGGGUGCUCGGCGCGGCGCGCGCGCCGCGGUCGCUGCACGUGGCCGUAGUAGGCGGCGGAGUGGUGGGCGUCUCGACGGCAGACGAGCUCUUGAAGCGCGGCUGCCGGGUCACGCUGCUCGAGGCGACGCAGGAGGUCGCUGGUGUCUCGUCGGCCACGUGGGGCAACGCGGGGACGCUGUGGAAGAGCCUGCGGGGUACGACGCCGUGUGAGCCCGCCACGCUCUGGCGGACGCUGAAGCUGCUCGGCCGCGACCCCGGUCACGAGAAGAACGUCUUCAUUAAUAAUAGCUGCCUGACCGACGCCGCGUUCUACCGCUGGGCGCUCGCGCUGGCGCGCUGUUCGAACCCGUCGGACUACGACUGGCCGACUGCGCACGGCGACGCGCAGCGCUAUCUGCUCGAGCGCGCGGUGGCGCUCGGUGCCGGAGGCCUGAGGGUGGCCGGCGGCGAGGUGAGAAGCUCGAAAGGCGCCGUGCUCGCGUCUGAUGCCAGCGACGCGCUCGGCGACUCUGCGCUGUACACGCAAGCGCUUGCCGAAGAUUGCAAGGCGCGCGGUGUGCAUGUGUGGACUAAUGCGCCGGCGUCGCUGACGGCGAAUGGCCUCGAGGUCGACGGGGCCUGCGUCGAAGCUGAUGUAAUCGUCCUCUGCGCCGGCGCCGCAUCCACGACAUUGCUGCCGUUCUACGUACCGAUCCACCCGUUGAGGGGCUACUCCAUCACGGCGCGCGUGACGGACGCGGAGCGCGCCCCGGAGGCCUCGUUCUUUGUACACCCCAAGCACCUUUAUUGUACGCGCCUCGACGAGGAGCGUGUCCGUUUUACCUGCUACGGCGAGUUCGUACCGCUUCGCAAGACGCCGCCCACCGCGGCGCUCGAGACGCGUCUCAAACGCUUGAUCGAUUAUGCUGUGCCGGAUGCGUCUGAGUGGAGCGACUUCGUUGACUGUGAGGUCUGGCACGGCGAUCGACCGCUAACUCCGGACGGCCUGCCGCUCGUCGGAAAGCUGGCGCCCGGGCUGUAUAUCAACGCGGGCCACGGCUUCAACGGCUGGCGCGACGCGGGCAUCACGGCUUCCUUCGUGGCGGGGCUCGUCGCCGGCGGCGAGGACGAUGCUCCCGCCUACGUCGAGGCGUGGGCGCCGGGUAGGUUUAACUUGUAGUUCCCUA